CUCCGCCCUGAGCCCUGUGCUUCUUUCAGGCUGCAAAGUGGUGACUCCGUGGCGCCGCCAGGAUUCCGGACCAGGACGGGAGACUGGGAAGGGCUGCUUGGUGCCAUGCGGAAGGUGAUUGUGUUGCUGCUCCUGUUGAUGGUCAGCCCCAGCAAUGGGCUGUUCCGCUCCAUCUACAGAAAAGCCCAGAUUACAAAACCAACUAAGGGAAAUGCUGGGCGGCCGUUAUUUCUUACCCCUCUGAUCGAAGCUGGGAAGAUCAAGAAAGCCAGAGAACUGAGCUUGGUCAGUCCUUUCCCAGUGCUGAACGUGAAGAGUUAUGCUGGCUACAUCACCGUGAAUAAGACCUACAACAGCAACCUCUUCUUCUGGUUCUUCCCGGCUCAGAUACAGCCCGAGGAUGCUCCCGUAGUUCUGUGGCUCCAGGGUGGGCCAGGAGGCUCGUCCAUGUUUGGACUAUUUGUGGAACACGGGCCGUACGUCGUCACGAAGAACAUGACGCUGCGUGCCAGAGACUUCUCUUGGACUACCACAUUAUCCAUGCUUUACAUCGAUAAUCCGGUGGGCACAGGCUUCAGCUUCACACGUGAUAGCCGUGGAUACGCCGUCAAUGAGGAUGAUGUGGCAAAAGAUUUAUACAGUGCUCUAAAUCAGUUUUUCCAGUUGUUUCCUGAAUACCGACAGAAUGACUUUUACAUUGCCGGGGAGUCUUACGCAGGGAAGUAUGUGCCAGCCAUCGCGUACUACAUCCACACUCUCAACCCCAUGAGGGUGUCCAAGUUCAACCUGAAAGGAAUCGCACUUGGAGAUGCAUAUUGUGAUCCUGAAUCAAUUAUAGGGGGCUAUGCAGCAUUCCUGUACCAAAUCGGCAUGCUGGAUGAGAAGCAGAGAAAGCACUUCCAGAAGGAGUGUGAUGAGUGCAUAAAACACAUCAAGAAGGGGAACUGGCUCCAGGCCUUUGAAAUACUGGAUAAGCUACUCGAUGGCGACUUAACAAACGAGGCUUCCUACUUCCAGAACGUUACAGGAUGUGUUAAUUACUACAACUUUUUACAGUGCACGGAACCUGAGGAACUAAAUUACUAUGCAAAGUUUUUGUCACUCCCGGAAGUGAAACAAGCCAUCCACGUGGGAAACCACACUUUCAACGACGGAGAGGAAGUGGAGAAGUACUUGCGCGAGGACACAGUCAAGUCCGUGAAGCCGUGGCUAAGUGAGAUCAUGGAUAAUUACAAGGUUCUGGUCUACAACGGCCAACUGGACGUCAUCGUGGCCGCGUCGCUGACAGAGCGCUCCCUGAUGGCCAUGGACUGGAAGGGAUCCCAGGAGUAUAGGAAGGCGGAAAGAAAAGUCUGGAGGAUCUUUAAAACUGACAUUGAAGUGGCCGGUUAUGUGCAGCAAGUGGGUGACUUCCAUCAGGUCAUUGUGCGAGGUGGAGGACACAUCUUACCCUAUGACCAGCCUCUGAGAGCGUUCGACAUGAUCAACCGCUUCAUCUUCGGAAGGGGGUGGGCUCCUUACAACUCAUGAACUACUUCCCUCAAUCAGAAUGUCAGAAGUGGUUGCCUUUGAAAGAAAAACUUUAAAAACUGGAGAAUUCAUAUAAAAA